AUGAGGCUCACAUCGAUUGCGCCAAAUACAAUGAAACGGUUCAAGACCUGGCUCCAAGCCGUGAAACCGAGCACGACACUUUCGACUGGGUUCUCCGAACGAGAGAUGUAUGAACCAUUAGUCGCGUCCCUCAACAACAUCUCCCGGACGAUCAUACCUGGACGACCAUUGCCAGUGGCGUUCCACAUAUGCGCGGAGAAACGACCAGAGGAGGUGAAAGGUGGCAUACGAGGAGCCCCAGAUCUAGUGGUAUUUCCUCAUGGUACAUCGGACGAUUACUGGGCGCGAGGUCUGGGCUUCGUAGAGGUCAAAACCGAGGAAAAUGAAGAUCCUUUCUAUGGUCAAGCGGAGUAUGCAGGGGAGCCCCCAAGUAUGACGGAGGCGCAGACCGAAACUUGGAAGCAACUGAGCGAAUAUGCCACCAUCGCAUUUCGUACUAUCCCCCGCUGCUUUCUCCUGGCUAUUGGCAUCUUUGGUGGCAAGGCACGCCUUUUCCGAUGGGAUAGGUCAUCUGUCAUAGUCUCGGACUCUUUCGACUACAAGGAGGAGCCCGCGCACCUGGCUUACUUUCUUACUGGUCUGGCGCGAUUUGGCAAUAGCGGGAUAGACACAACCGCGCACAUGCCCGUCACCUCCGAGGUUGAGAAGAAACUACUGGAAGCCCAAUUCGAGCGAGCGAAGGCUCUCGGUAUUUUUGAUGAAUACGAGGCUGCGCGUAGAGGGGCGGAUCUGAUUAGCGAAAGUACUCGCAUACAAGGCCGACGUCGGAGAGGUCAGCGUGGCGGCGAGAUCUACAUCACACUUGGACGACCGUUGUUCUCCAGCAGAUCCAUCAAGGGUCGCGGUACAAGGGUAUGGGUGGCUACGAAACUCGAACGUUUGGAUCGCGCGGGACGUUCGAGUGGCCGCCUCUUUAUCAUCAAGGACAGUUGGCGAGAGAAGGAUAGAUGGACCGAGGGGCGUAUAUACGACGCAAUCCGAGGCGAUGAAGAGGUCCCAGUAUUUGGCAUUGCUCGCUUUGAGGACGAGUUCGAUGUCGGUGACCAGGACCCCGUGGGAGUACACUACACGGCGGGUGAGCGAAUAAACGCGCAGAAGGGCAAGUCCGUUCAUGCAGAGCGUAUUCAUCAUCGCUGUAUCCUUGAGUCGGUCGGGAUUCCUAUCACGCGUUUCAAGUCGACGAAAGUGUUAAUGAUGGCUGUCCGAGACGCCGUGAAAGGUCAUCAGAAUAUGUGCCUCAAAGAUGUACUCCACCGGGACAUCAGUGUCAACAACAUUAUGAUAAGUGCCGACGACAUUGCCGAAGGAGGCGCCAUGGGCUUCCUCAUCGAUCCCGAACUAGCUGCGGUAGGUAGCAUGCCAGAUAUAGAGAAAGAGCUACGGUUUCUGACGGGCACGCUUCCAUUCACGUCUUUGGAUCGUCUCGAGAACGAAGAGAGUAAACAUGCCGAUUGGCACGAUCUUGAAUCAUUCUUCUGGGUCGUGUUAUUUGUUGUCCUCCGGCACACCAGCUGCUACUACACCAAGGGCGGAAAGAAAAUUGCUGGGGCCGAACAACUGCCGAGGUUAUAUGACAACAUUGAAAAUAUCUUUGCGAUCCGAAAGGACUUUCUGGAAACCAUCCUCAAAACCUUGGAGAUCAUCGGCAAUGCUCCUUUGACGGUUUGUCUCCGUCGGCUCGGCGAUCUGGUCCUCAGUCACUACCGCCCUGACAGGUCAAGAUAUGCCCAACACGAGCUGGACCUGCUCACUCACGACCGAGUCGUGUUCACAAUCCAGGAAGCUCUGGACUCGGAGGGCUGGCCGGACGAAGCGAAUGAUGGACCCCGUGUUUUCAAGAUGCUUGAUCGGACAAGUGUGAAGCAAAAUAAAGCCAUCGCUCUCUCUCUCCACCAGUCGAGGGCCGAGGGGCCCGACGAGAGCAAGCAAGCCCCAAAGCCUGGUCCCUCGCAGAAACGCAGGGUGGAAGAGCUCGAUGACGAUGAUUCCGAAGAAGACGUCGCACGUCCGUCCAAGCAAAUCCGAAUCCGAAAGGCAGGGCCACUUGCAGCCGCUAGCCAGAAACGAAAACAGUUGCCUCUGGAGGCAGAAGAAGAGGACGAGCCUCAAGCAUCGGUCAGCAAGAAGCCCCGUGUCCGACCGCCAAAGAAGGCAGCGCCUCGUCCUGCGAAGGCUCCCAAACCACCCGAAAGGCCGUUGCUACCGCUUCUCGAGUUCGGGAAACCACCUCGAGGAUAG